AUGUGCUCCUGGUCUGACGACCACCCUCCUUCCUGCCCCACCUCCACCUUGUCCCACCCCCUUUUUUUAUGCGUCCUCUCUAGUGAAGUUUCUUAAGGGGGGUGGUCCUUCCCCCUCCGUUCUGGCUGGGUGUUGGAAUGUCCGUGUCCCUCCCAGCAGGAGUUUGGUGGCCUCCAGCUCCUUCUUUGCACUGCUGUUGGGUCCCAUGAUGCCAUUCUUUGCACCUGCAGGGCUCCCUCUCAUGCUGUGAUCCCCAUGCCUGACCUGGUACCACCAGCAGGCUGCUGUUUCAAGUGGGACCCUCUGUGCCUUGGUUCCGUCUAAACAUCCCCCCCACCCCACUCCCUGCCCCCUACCCCUGCAGGCUCCCUUCCCCCACAGCCACCUGCCCCUCUCCUCUCCUGGGAACAGAACUGUGCCUCCACCUCUGGCGACCUCGGCCGUUGCAUCACUGCCCCGUCCACGUGCCGCGCUGGGGUCCCGGGGUGGCCGUGCCUGGCCAUGCUCUGAGACCCCCUAGUGCCUGAGGGUCUCGCGCGUGUCCUCUGACCCAGCCCUCGCAGGUGAGUGGAUUGAUGACCCUGAUGGCCAGAGGGAGCCCCUACAUGACAGCUGUUCCCGAAAGAAAGGGCGGCCCCUCCACCCCAUGCGGGCUCAGGUCGCACGCUGAGUCAGGGGGUGCUGCCCCGAAGGUCAGCAUAAAUUAUUAUUUUUUUAAUCUCUGUUCAGCUUUAGAAUUAUGCUCUUUUUGCUUGUUUGAACUAAGAAUGUGGGGAAUUAAUAUAUUUAGCUUCAGGUGCAAAUUACAAUUUAGCCUCUGAAGAAGGCAAGAGAAGUUAGCAUGUUCCUAUGCCUGCGAGUUUCUACCAGGGAGAGCUAUUUUAAGCUCCUCAUACAGUGAGCAGCGCCUGGUGCUUCACUUGGUGUCAGGGAGGCGCAAGGCGCCUGUCAUUUCGUGACGGUAUUUUUAAAUUUCUUUGCAGGUGGAAGAAGAGAGGUGCCACUUUGGCAUGAAGACCGAGUCGCUUAGUCGUCAGUCAUUUAAGCUGAGUGCAUUGUGAUUUCCAAUAAUUGAGGCAGUGGUUCUAAAAGCUGUCUACAUUAAUGAAAAGAGCAAUGUGGCCAGCUUGACUAAACCGCCAGCGUGCGCAACGCGGCCAGGACGGCCCCGGGUGUCGACGGACUCGUGCAUGUUAGCUGUAGGAGAUAUAUGUGAGGUGUUUUAGAACUCUGGUCUCUUAAAGUAGUCUUAAGCGCUUUUACUAUGGAGACGUGUGAGAGCGCCUCUCCGCUCGCGCGUGAGGCCGCAGGAGAAGCGGUGACGGAGAACCGAGCUUGCCCCUUCCUGGCGCCGCCCCGUGAACAGUCUCCACCACCUCCCCUGCAAACGUCCAGUGAUGCAGAGGUAAUGGACGUUGGCUCUGGUGGUGAUGGACAGUCCGAACCCCCUGCUGAGGACCCAUUCAACUUCCACGGAGCGUCACUUCUCUGCAAAGGAUCCUUCUCUAAGGGCCGCCUCCUCAUAGACCCGCACUGCAGUGGCCGCAGCCCGCGCACCGCCCGGCACGCACCUGCGGGCCGCAAGUUCUCCCCUGACCUUAAGUUGCUUAAGGAUGUAAAGAUUAGCGUGAGCUUUACCGAGAGCUGCAGGAGUCAGGACAGGAAGGUGCUGUACACGGGAGUGGAGCGCGACGCUCGGGCCGAGUGCGGCCCACUCCUUAGUCCCGUCCGUGGACACGUGCAUGCUUGUGCCUUUGGCGGGGGCGUCGGGAACGGGGUAGGCCUGGGGGGUGAGAGCGCGGAUAAGAAGGAUGAGGAGAGUGAGCUGGAGCAGGAAAAGAGAGUGGAGUACGCAGUGCUCGAUGAGUUAGAAGAUUUUACUGACAAUUUGGAGCUAGAUGAAGAAGGAGCAGGCGGGUUCACGGCCAAAGCGAUCGUUCAGAGAGACAGAGCCGACGAAGAGGCCUUGAACUUCUCCUACGAGGAUGACUUUGACAACGAUGUGGAUGCCCUACUGGAGGAAGGCCUCAGUGCUCCCAAGAAGAGGCGGCUGGACGAGAAGUACGCAGGGGACAGUGACCAUGCGUCCGAUGGCGAGACAAGCGUGCAGCCGAUGAUGACCAAGAUAAAGACAGUGCUCAAAAGUCGUGGCCGCCCACCCACAGAGCCGCUCCCUGAUGGCUGGAUCAUGACAUUCCACAACUCCGGCGUGCCCGUGUACCUGCACCGCGAGUCCCGGGUGGUCACCUGGUCCAGGCCGUACUUCUUGGGAACGGGAAGCAUACGGAAACACGACCCUCCUCUGAGUAGCAUCCCUUGCCUUCACUACAAGAAGAUGAAGGACAACGAGGAGCAAGAGCAGAGCCAGGAGCGCAGCCCCAGUGGGGAGGUGUCCCCCACCAAACCCCUGAGCCGAUCCGCAGAGCUUGAGUUUGCACCGGAAGAGCCCGACUCGGGGCCCCAGGAUGAAAAAGAUGGCCUGGGGGCCGAGGCAGCGCCCGGGGCGCUCGGGCAGGUGAAGGCCAAGGUGGAAGUGUGCAAGGAUGAGUCGGUGGAUCUGGAGGAAUUUCGGAACUACCUGGAGAAGCGUUUUGACUUUGAGCAAGUCACUGUGAAAAAGUUCCGGACCUGGGCCGAGCGGCGGCAGUUCAACCGUGAGAUGAAGCGGAAGCAGGCGGAGUCCGAGCGUCCCAUCCUGCCGGCCAAUCAGAAGCUCAUCACUUUGUCAGUGCAGGACGCACCCACCAAGAAAGAGUUUGUCAUCAACCCCAAUGGGAAGUCGGAAGUGUGCAUCCUGCACGAGUAUAUGCAGCGUGUACUCAAGGUCCGCCCGGUGUACAAUUUCUUUGAAUGUGAGAACCCAAGUGAGCCUUUUGGUGCCUCAGUGACCAUUGAUGGUGUGACUUACGGUUCUGGAACUGCAAGCAGCAAGAAACUUGCAAAGAAUAAAGCUGCCCGAGCCACACUGGAAAUCCUCAUCCCUGACUUCGUUAAACAGACCUCCGAGGAGAAGCCCAAAGACAGUGAGGAGCUGGAGUAUUUUAACCACAUCAGUAUCGAGGACUCGCGGGUCUACGAGCUGACCAGCAAGGCUGGGCUGUUGUCUCCAUAUCAAAUCCUCCACGAGUGCCUUAAAAGAAACCAUGGAAUGGGUGACACAUCCAUCAAGUUUGAGGUGGUUCCUGGUAAAAACCAGAAGAGCGAAUACGUCAUGGCGUGCGGCAAGCACACAGUGCGCGGGUGGUGCAAGAACAAGAGAGUUGGCAAGCAGUUGGCCUCUCAAAAGAUCCUCCAGCUGCUGCAUCCCCAUGUCAAGAACUGGGGCUCCUUACUGCGCAUGUACGGCCGUGAAAGCAGCAAGAUGGUCAAACAGGAGACCUCGGACAAGAGCGUGAUUGAACUGCAGCAGUACGCCAAGAAGAACAAGCCCAACCUGCAUAUCCUGAGCAAGCUCCAGGAGGAGAUGAAGAGGCUGGCUGAGGAGCGGGAGGAGACUCGGAAGAAGCCCAAGAUGACGAUUGUGGCAUCUGCUCAGCCCGGUGGCGAGCCCCUGUGCACCGUGGACGUGUGAGCAGGUGGCAUGGGCUGGGGCUGCCAGCCAUACUCCCAGCGAGACUACCAGCCUCCGUAGCCGCCGCCGCCUCUGUGGCCAGUGUUGGAGGGCCUGGGCCAGAAGCUGGGGGCUCUGGUGCAUGGAACAAGCCAACCCUGUCCGGGAGGGGCUCCAAAGGGAGGAUGGACAUUUCGGGACCACCUCCUGGCAGCCGCACCUGGAAGCCGGCAGUUCCUAGGUAGCCGUAGAACCUACUAUGUGUGCCGCCGCCGCUGCCUGUUUUUAGUGGACAUUUUCAUGAGUUUUAGUGUAGUGCGCACUGGCAACCCAAGAGACUCGGACAGCAGAUGAAAUGAGAGCGGACGGCCACGCCCUGCGGCUGUGGCUGGCCCACAGCGCCCGAGCUCCCGCGGAGUCAGAUGGCGCCCAUGGGCCCUCUCCCCUCCUGUAUUUUCUCUGAGAAAGAUCGAGUGGUCCAAAAUAAAUGCAGUUUUAGCCUCA